AUGUUUGGCAUUAAGCUCCAAGAUGGUCUCAAGUUUAUGUCUUCAUUACUACUGCCACUCGUAUUAGGCGUCUUUACAGUUGUUAUCACUUUUGAGCAACAGAAAGCAGCUAAACACUGGAGUCCUGCGGGAAUGACUUUUUCCCGUAUUGUCCCGUCCCGUUUCCCGCGAGAAUCGGGAACGGGAAUUCCCGUUGAGACUUCGGGAACGGGAACACGGGAACGGAAACAAAAAUAUUUUUUCGGGAACGGGAACACGGGAACGAUUGAAAAAAAAUGA